AAUUCUAGUUUGGGCUCUCAAGCCCAACUUACGAUCACCAAACCCUAAAACAAUCUUGAUUUUCCGCCAGUAUAGAUUGCUCUUCUCCUCUUUGGCCUCCGUCUUCUUCGUCUGCUCGCCGCCCUCCUUAUUCGACAACAGGUAAGGCGACAUGGUGAAGCAUAACAAUGUUAUUCCAAAUGGGCACUUCAGGAAGCAUUGGCAAAACUAUGUGAAAACAUGGUUUAACCAACCUGCCCGAAAAACCAGGAGACGCAAUGCUAGACAAAAGAAAGCUGUCAAGAUUUUCCCUAGACCCACAGCUGGUCGUCUUCUGCCCAUUGUUCAUGGGCAGACGCAGAAGUACAACAUGAAAGUCAGGGCAGGAAGAGGGUUCUCUCUUGAAGAGCUGAAGGCUGCCGGUAUUCCAAAGAAGUUGGCCCCAACCAUCGGUAUUUCUGUUGAUCAUCGGCGAAGGAACCGAUCUCUAGAAGGCCUUCAAGUCAAUGUCCAGAGGCUGAAGACAUACAAAGCCAAGCUAGUCAUCUUCCCAAGACGCACCAACAAAUUCAAGGCUGGCGAUUCAACUCCUGAAGAACUCGCCAAUGCAACUCAAGUCCAGGGACCUCUAUUGCCUAUUGUGAACGAAAAGCCAAACAUUGAGCUUGUCAAGGUCACGGAUGAGAUGAAAUCAUUCAGAGCCUAUGACAAAUUGCGCCGGGAGCGUGUGAAUAAGCGUCAUUUUGGUGCUCGUCUGAAGAGGGCCGCAGAGGCAGAGAAAGAAGAUAAGAAGUAACUAAUUAAACCGGGCUUUGAUUAAUACCAUUGUCGUUCUCAUAUCAGUUUUUAUUGCCUGCUGGAUUUCUUCAGGAGAUUCUGUGUGUUGGGAGCUUUCAAUUUUUACCUGUUUCUCUUUUUGUUUAGCACUUACCUGUUUGUCCUCCCUUUUGUGAACCAUAAUGUUUUUUUUUUCAAUUUUCGAAGUGAUAUCUCUAUUGGCCUUUUUAGAACUUAUGUUUGGAAAGAGAACUGGACUUGGGUCUAGCAUUAGUUACAGCAUCUCCAAUGGGGUCAUUAAACUACUCCCUCCAUC